AUGUUCGCUACCACCAUUGCUUCCGUUCUCGCCGUCACGGCCACCCUCAUGGGCGCCACCACCGCGACCCCGAUCUCGACCGGCGCCGUCGAGGCGGCCGCUGGCGGCGACAAGCGCGCGGUGCCGGCCGCGGGCCGCUUCACGUACUACAACCCGGGCCUGGGCGCGUGCGGGCAGAACCACGGCGACGGCGACCUGGUGGUGGCGCUGAGCCACGCCGACUUCGACCCGUCCACUCCCGGCGGCAACCCCAACAAAAACCCGCUCUGUGGCCGCCGCCUGCGCGCCACAUACGCCGGCCGGUCCGUCGACGUCACCGUCGUCGACCGCUGCGAGGCCUGCAACGCCGGCGACCUCGACUUCAGCCCGGCCGCCUUCCAGGCCCUCGCCGCCCUCAGCCUCGGCGUCAUCCAGGGCUCCUGGGUCUGGAUCUGA